CGGGGGGAAAACGUCAGCACUGUAAAUAGAAGUGCUGAUCUGCGCUGGAAACGCUCCGUCAAACGGGAAACGGAAAGGCGCCGGCCGUCUUCGCGUUGUAACUGUGUCAUCACGGGUGCGGGGCGUUCGUCCUCUUCAUCGAAAUCGAAACUAGAUUGUCGGAGCGAUCGCGAGAAUGGCCAGCUCUCCGGUGCUUAAUCCGGAAAUCCCGUAUGUGGGAAGAGUAGAAGGAGGUCUGAGAGCGGGUACAAUGGUGAAGAUACAAGGCAAGGUGCCGCCUCAGGCUGUGCGAUUUGCCAUCAAUUAUCAGCUCGGACCGACGUUAAAUCCAAGAGAUGACAUAGCUAUUCAUUUAUCCCCACGCUUCCCCGAAGGCUUUAUUACCAGAAACCAUAUAGAGUCGAUGAACUGGGGCAUGGAGGAAAACGCCGGCCCAUUGGUGAUUCAGCCAGGCCAGGAAUUCGAGAUAUUGAUUCUGUGCGACUAUCACUGCUACAAGAUCGCUAUCAACGGCAGGCACUUUACGGAAUUCGCUCAUCGGUUGCCGUUCAUAAAAGUUACUCAUCUGGUUAUCGAUGGCGAUGUCGAGAUACACUCCAUCGCAUAUGAACAAGUAUCGGUCGACCCAUCGAAACCCCCUGCUACAACACUAGAUGAUGUACAAACUGCCAACUUUGGACCACCACCACCAGGUGGUUUAUAUCCAACAAUCCCACCUCAGGGUGGAUAUGGACCUCCUCCACCCGGUCACGGCCCUCCCAAUACCUAUGGCGGCCCUGGUGGUUAUAAUCCACCAAGAGCCUAUGGAUAUCAGCCUGAUCGUGAGAAAGCAGAGGAAGAGGGCAUCUUUGGAGAUUGUCUGGACAAAGUUGGAUUAGCACUGGGUGGAUUAGUGGCAGCUGGAGGCGUAGCGGCAGCUAUGCACGCGAUAAAUAAAAAGAAGGAAGAGAGCGACGAAAAGGAUCAUGAAAAGUCAGAUGCUUCCAAGUCGAAAACGGAAAGCGAGGGUGGUUUUGGAAGUUUAGCUGGGUCUCUUGGGAUGGCCUUAGCUAGCAGCCUGGCGAGUAACGCCAUACACAGCAACACACACGCACAACAAGGCUACCCCGACCAGCAGCGAUCGGGCGGCAGCGAUGUAUUGGGUUCUAUUUUUGGAGCAUUGGGCGGUGGAGGAUCCCAACAGCCUGCCUAUCAUCCAAAUCAGCCUCCCGCCGGUGAUGGUCUGAGCGGAACGUUAGGAUCUUUACUCGGCGGUGUUUUCGGCGGUGGUGGAGGUCAUCAACAACCAGCAUAUCAACCUUCAGGAGGAUACGGUGGAUAUCAACCAUCGAGUGGUUAUCCGACAUCCGGUGGUCAAAAUUCUGGCGGGUCAGAUCUGCUGUCGGGAAUAGGAUCUGCCUUGUUCAGUUCAGCUCUAGACGGUCUGAGCAAACGUGGAAAAGAUAAAUCUCAUGACGAAUAUCGUUCCGGACCGGCGCCUCCGAGUUAUGAACCUCCACCACCGCCGGCACCGAAGCCAACUCCGCGUCCGGAAACCCCACCGUCUUCCGGCGGACACAAAUUAACUGCAGACGAAAUUUCGAAGGGACUCGGACUGGACGAUUAAACGCUUCGAUGAUGCGGAAAACUUCGGUCUGCAAGUACACUUAUAGUGACGAUCUUAUGCUCUCUUUUUGGUUGGAAACGUAAUCUACGUAUCAUCACGAAUCUCGUUUAUCAAAAUAUGCUGUAUGAUAUAUUCGUUCGUCUUUUAACGCCAGUGGAUUUUUAGUCAUAUUGGCAGCUGCAUUAAAUACAAAUGCGAGAAUAUUAUUCUCAUAUAUGAAUCUCAUACGUCAUGAAUUCUUCUCGAACGAAUGAUAUUAAAUAGAACUAAGCUCGUUCCAAAAUUGCUUUUAAAGAUUUUAAAGAUUGUGAAUUUUAGAUAGGAAUCAAGAUAGAAGUCAAAUACACACCGUUCUUUACAAAACUAUCCCUUCCGUGAAAUAGUCCGAUUGAUUGAUGAACAGCUAUAUCGAUUACGUUUACACGGCCCAAUUUACGCCGAAGUUAUAACAUCGAUGUUAUAAUAACUACUGACGUUAAAUGCCGUGUAAACGCUCUUUUACGACGAAAGUUACUACAUCGAUGUAAUAACUUCGUAAUAAAAGAGCGUUUACACGGCAUUUAACGUCAGUAGUUAUAACAUCGAUGUUAUAACUUCGGCGUAAAUCGAGCCGUGUAAACGUAGUCAUAGAUAUAGCUAAGAAGUUAAUAUUUUAAGAUUAUAUUUUUAUAAAAAUUUUAUUAUUUUAUAAGAGUGGCCUUAGCAAGAUAAAGAUACAUUUAUAUAGAUUUAUAAUAUAUGCCUUUUAUGUAUACAUUUGAAUUACAAAUAAUGCACAAUUAUUAUAUACAA